AUGCUAAUUAUGCAUAUUAUGAUAUUUCUUGCUCUGUGUAAUGCAGUGUAUAAUCAAUACUCACUAUAUUACUCUAAUAUUCGUCCCAGUUCGUAUUUGAUAUUUGAUUGUCUAUACAUUCAACUUAUUGAAGAUGAAUUAAAUGAAUAUUCAUCUUACAUUAUGAACAAUCAGUUGACUCCCUAUUGUCGACGACCUGAUUAUGAUGAAAAUGAAGAAGAAAUAUCUGACAUAUUGACUGAAAAUAUAGCAAACAAGAUUACGUUUAAAGAAUUGAGUAAACAAGGUGUAACAAGUGAACAACUGCUUAAUUGGUCAGCACCCAUCGAUCUUGUUGAGCGAUAUGAAAUGAAUAAUCAAAGUUCAGAAUUAUUCCAUAACUGUUCAUGGCUAUGGUUUGGCUCGAAAUAUCAAUAUCGAUUUGUUUACAAUUCAUCUUUGUCAUUUAAUGAAAUUGUUGAAGCUUCUGUGAAAAGUCGUUUGGACAUUAUGCUUAACGUAAGUGUUACCACAUGUUAUCGCUUUUUACAUGAUUGCCGUCGUGGACCAUGGUCUUUAUGUCUCGACUGGCGACAAAUAUGUAACGGCAAAGUUGAUUGUAUGAAUGGUGAAGACGAACAAUGGUGUGAAACAUUAGAGAUGACAACAUGUGCUGAUGAUGAAUAUCGAUGUCAUUAUGGUGGUCAGUGUAUUCCAAGGAUCUUUGCACGAGAUAGCCGCUUUACUACUGACUGUCUCGAUGGCAGCGAAGAGAAAGACGGCUACUUCUUAUAUUCAUCUUUGAAAAAUUCUUUUUGCGGUUCAACUAUGAGAUUUCCAUGUGAAGAGCGUAUUAAUCGAUAUCCUCGAUCUUUUCCAUGUGAUAAUGGUCAAUUUUUUGAAGACAUUGAUAUGCCAGCUACUGUGAAUGAUUGUUCGAACGGACGAAAUAGAGAAGUAACAUUAACCAUGCUUACUUCGUUCGAUCACAUUAAAGAUAUUGAUUGUCGACAAGCUUUUCGUUGUUCACUUCUAUCCAAUCGAAGUUUUGGUAAGUAA